AUGGUAAAGGACACGAGUAAUCGUUUUGUAAUAAAUCCUGGUUACUCUGACCUUUUCAACCGUUCUAUCUUUCCUAGUCCAAGCUCGUGCGAUUUACACAAGUUUUGUGUUGAUGUCCUAUCUCUCAAUAUCCAAGCUCUUGCACAGGGCCACUGCAACCAUUAUCAACAAUGCUUGAGCAUACAUAGCUGCACCAAGGGCUCAAUUGGAAUCAUAUGGCCUACCAAAUCAGAUCGAAUCUUGACAGAAGUUGAUAGAACUACUGGACUCCUAAGUCGGGGAGCUCCAUUCAGAGAAAAUGACGUCAUGAUUGUCGAUCUGAGCGAUCCGGAUGAUGCCAAUCUCAGACAUUCCUUAAAGAAGAAAAAUAAUCACAAACAAAGAAAGGAUGUGGCUUCAACAUCCACAAUGAUCGAGAUCUUUGCAACUGAUUCAAUGCAUUCAAAAUGGAACUCGUGUGAUUACAAUCUUAAGAAGGGCCGUCAUAAUACGAAAUUUGAAGUGCGAUUAUAG